CGGGGGGCUCUUGGCAGGAGCCUGACUUGAACAUCACAACCCAGCAACAUCACUUAACUAUCGAUUAUGUUCGGAUUCACUUUAAUUCCAUAGUUGACUCGCGGAUUAGGCUACUUUUGCCAACACCUCUCACUACCUGCCUACAUGACCACCACGGCACAAAAUGGACGACACGGUCGAUGGCCAGGAUGGUGAAUCGACCGAUUUGACCAACAAGCUUGGGUUCCCGAUCGUUGACAUCGUGCCCGAUGGAGAUAUCGUGCUGGAUGUAACCUUGGACACAUCCAAGGAAACACUGAAAGCGGCGAGGAAGGCGGCAAAACCGAGACCCGGACAGAAUGUUACUCCGCCGGUCUUCAAGGCCCGGAGUCGAGUUGGGUACAGAGUACAACUUGCUGUUCUAAAGCAGAACUCAAAGUACUUUGACAACCUGCUUAGCGACACGAGGUUCACCGAGGCCAGAUCGAUAGAGGAAACCUUCCAGAAGCUGUCGCUCAAAAAUGUAAAACCGUCAGAGGCAGAUGCUGCCGAUCUCCCCAUGGUGAAAAUCCACGAGGAUGACGAGGCGACCCGGUCGGCGGGCCAUGGCUCGGUCUUUGAGUACCUGUUGCGGAUUCUGCAUAGAAAGCAAUCCAUCGCGAAAGCCGUGUCGAUGCAACAUUUGGCCGUGUUAGCCCUGCUUGCUGACCGGUUUGACUGCAUCGCCAUCGUAUCCCGGUAUCUGAACGCCUUGAAGUACAAAUGGCCCGCCACGCAAACCAGAGUGUCCCGAGACGACGGCCCUACCCUUUCCAGAGCGGCCGAGGAGAACCUCCGUCAAAAGAUUCUCGUUGCCUGGCUGCUCGACCAACCCCCUAAGCUGCAGAUCGCCACCCGCGAGCUUAUUAUGUACGGGUCACGAAGGUGGAGUGACUACUUCGACGAGGAUCAAGAUGAAAGCUACGCCGCCGCAUGGUGGGAUCUCCCCGAUGAUCUUGAGCAAGAACUUCAUCACCGCCGCGAAUGCGUCCUCACAACCAUCGCCUCCAUCCAAACGCACUUCCUCGGCCUCUACACCUCACGCACGCGCCAAUGCAAGCUCGGCUACGACUCCUCCGCCAGCUGCGACUCCUACCAGCUCGGGGAGAUGGUCAAAUUCCUCUGCUCGCGCAACCUGCUCUUCCUAACCUCCUUCGCCCCCUCCCCAUUCCCCCCACCCCCUUCAACUUCCUCUCCCACCCCAGGCACCACCCCUUCCACCACCAACACCACCUCCGAGAUCCCAGACAUCAGCACGAUCGACAUCGGGAGCAUCCUCGCCACCCUCAAGCAAUGCCCAGCCUACCAAAUCGACAAGAACCACACCCACUGCGGCCUACGCGCGCGCGCCCUGCCGGCCGUCGAGUAUGUACAAGCGAUGCUAGCGUCGGGGGCCGUGUCGAUUGCCCGGCAGGCGUGGAUGCGCGAUCGGGAUGGGGCUGCGUGGCUUCGCUCAGGGGGGUUGGAUGGCGGGGGUGUUGGACAUAAGGGGGAAGGGGAGAGGAAGGUGUUUCGGUUUACGAGGGGGUUGGCGACGGAUCAGAGGUUGAGGAUGGAGGGCGCCAUGGCUGUGGAUCGGUCGGCGAGGGCGCUGUUUACGGCGGAUGAGUGGGAUUGGUCGACUGAGGAUAGAGAUGAGAGUCGGGGGGUCGAGUUUGGGAGGUGGCCGGCCGCGAGGUGAUGUUGGGAGGGGAUAUAGGGCGGGAUUUGGGAGGCGAGUGUGACGAGUGAAUUGGAAGCUUGGUGUGAGAGACGGCCGUGUUCAGGCGUGGUCUAUUCGAUACUGAAGACAGACAGGGUGAGAAGCGGUUAAACGUCGCUCGGUACUCAACCUCAAUGCGGUCAGCGGGCCUUAUGAUUGACCAUUCCCAGACGGCCUCGUGAGGAAUUCUCAUGUUUUGAACCAUAAUCUACCUAAGCAGGCAAUGGUCAGGCUUCUUUUCACGGUA